AACUCAGUUCGAGGAAAAGAGACGCACUUUUGGUUUGAAUCCCUUUCCAGAGAGUACACAAACCUUUUCAACGGGAUGUUGAAGCAACUCCGAAUCUUUUUGAGCCAGCUCGAGAGCUUCCAUGGCCGUCCUCUCUCUCUCUCUCUCUCUCUCUCUCUCUCUCAUGCCUAUAAAAGGCUGUCUUGCUUUGUUGAAAAACCAUGCACUCCUCCAGAUUUCUUUCGAAGAAUCGUGACCGUCCAUCGAGGUCGAUUUAGUCGAGUUUAUCGGUUUUUGAGCUUUCUUGAUCGGCAUAAUGUCGAGACUGACGGAGCCGCUGAGCGUGGGAAGAGUGGUGGGGGAUGUGGUGGACAUUUUCACGCCCACGGUAAAGCUGAACGUGAUUUACAACUCUAACAGGAGAGUCUCCAAUGGCCACGAGCUCAUGCCCGCCGUUAUCAUGGCCAAGCCUCGGGUGGAAGUUGGUGGGGAUGACAUGAGGGAGGCUUAUACCUUGAUAAUGACAGACCCGGAUGCUCCAAGCCCUAGUGAUCCUCAUUUAAGGGAACAUCUCCACUGGAUGGUCACGGACAUUCCCGGUACUACUGAUGCUUCUUUUGGGAGAGAGGUAGUGAGCUACGAGACUCCGAGGCCGGUGGUAGGGAUCCACCGGUAUGUCUUCUUGCUGUUCAAGCAGAGAGGGAGGCAAACCGUGAUCGGCGCUCCGACUUCAAGAGACCAUUUCAACACCCGGGCCUUCUCUCUCGACCAUGGCUUGGGCUCACCUGUUGCUGCCGUCUACUUCAACGCCCAGCGGGAGACAGCCGCCAGAAGAAGAUGAUAAAUCGACCACCCUCAUCACCACCAUCAUCCCAAAUUACUAUAAACACGCUCCUUAUGAAUUCACUUCAGCUUAGCUGAUGAGAACAUCAUUCCUUUCCUUCUUCUUGAGUUUUUUCUCCUUCUUUCUCGGCUUCCAAAAGGCUUGGAUUUGCCAGCAUAUGAUGUGGGGGGAGAGAUUUGAGAAUGUCGUGUCUGUCUUGUGUGUUCGUUUCGAUUGGUCCGUACCAGUUCAGUAACU